AGUAGCUCUAUGUUUGUUAAAAAUACCAUUUCUCAAGUGCCCAUGUGUUGUUUUAAUGUAACAGUUAGUAUGAAUUAAGUAACUUCAAUUUAUCUACCAUGUCACUAUGUGUGAUUAUGAAGAACAAAUUUUGAAGUGUUUAUUUUCUAAAAACGUCACAAUAUGGAUUAUUCGAAAAAUUUUGACGCAAGCAGUUCCAAAUUCAACAUGUUGCAAAGAAUACCCAUGAAUGGAACAGCAAAACAAGUAUGGUACGCAUUUAUAACAUUGCUGAUUUACGUUUCAAUGGGAUUCAGUCGUAACUAUGUGGCGUUUCUAAAUCAUCAAUUGGAUCAACCGGACUCCAAAAUACAUCUCAGUAAUGAUGAGAAAACAUGGAUAGCUUCCAGCGGAACUAUGCUGGCGCCUUUUACAUGUUUAGCAUCAGGAUUUUUAAUGGAUGUGAUUGGAAGAAAAUCCUGUCUCUUAAUCAUGUUUAUUCCAUUUAUUAUUUCAUGGGCCAUGAUAAGCGCUGCUUCGUCGUACGAAUUAAUUUUUGUAGCCAUGAUAAUCAGUAGUGGAGCUUUAGGAAUUGGCGAAUCGAUUAUCCCAUACGUCUCAGAAAUAUCAACAACGAAGUACAGAGGUCUACUGCUCUCUUUGGUCGAUGUAACUUUAAAUUUUGGUGUAAUAAUAUGCAGUUUUUUAAUGUAUUUCCUAAAAUGGAACAUCGUCGCUAUAAUUGUCACUGUGUUGUCUUUCGUAAGUCUAUUAUUAACAUUUAUUUUACCCGAAUCUCCGGUUUGGUUAUACUCAAAAGGUAAAAAAGAUCAAGCUAUAGAGGUACUCGUUGCUUUAAGGUCUAAAAGCCGAGACGAGUUGGAAGACGAGAUAAAAGAUAUGGAACUAGCUCUCGAAGCAAUCGAUAUGAAAGGAGGAGGAAUGAUGAAAAAGUGUUUUCUAGCCUGGAGGCAAUUUUUAAUCGCCAAUGUACUCUUUUUCUUGAUCGUUCUAGCCGGGCCUUUGAUUUUCUUAUCUUAUACUAUUCUUAUCAUCGAUGAGUUGAAAAUACCUUACGAUGCAUCGACAAUAACGGUGAUUUACUCGAUAGCUGGAUUUUGUGGUAGUUUUCUGACGCCAUUUUUUAUGCAUAAUUUUAAACGAAAAGUGGCUUUGAUUGUUUCUGCAGGUGGGAUGACCAUUAGUAUGUUGGGGGUUUCCUUGUAUGAAUUUUUUUUCUUGGAAAGCGAAUUCAAGCCGUGUGUUUGGAUUGUACCUGUUUUAUUGUGUGUUUACAAUCUUCUAGAUAAUAUGGCAGUUUUUCCUUUAUCAUUUGUUAUUGGAGGAGAAAUUUUUCCUUUGGAGGUCAGAGGUACGUUGCAAGGAUGUUUCGGAUGCUUAGCAUGGAUUAGUUGGGCUGUGGGUUUAAAGUAUUAUCCCAAUGUUAUGUUUGAUUUUGGUGUUACGACUAUGCUGUGGUGUUUUACGGUGUCUUGUGCGUUGCUAGUUGUGUUUGGAAUUUUUAUUUUGCCAGAAACGCAUGGUAAGACUUUGAAUGAAGUGCAAGAAGAGUAUUUUAGUGAAAAGAAAAUGAAGAAUGGUAGCACGAUUUAAAUGCUUACCUUCUACUUAUGAUAGGAUACCCACUUAAUGAAUAGGAGGUAAACAUUUUAUAGAUCAACACCAUGGAAAGGAAAGUUAUAAGUACGAGUACUUAGGUCUGAUGCGUUGAUCUAGUUUGUCCAGGAGUCCAUUUCUUGUGCUAUUGCUGUAUACUUCGAAUGAACUAUAAAUGUAAAUAAGUAAUCGUGUGUAAAUAAUGUAAAAAUAACUAUCACUAAUCUUAAUUGGUAAUUUUGUGCAUUUCCGAUAAAUUGUUAAAAUUUGAAAAAACAAAAAAGACAAGUUGCCAUGUU